AUGGCAAAUGCAAUGCCACCACUACGUAUAAUUGCGCAACCAAAAAAAUCAUAUCGAGAACGAUAUGGAUGUGAAAUAAAUCGUCAACAAAGUCGAGCUCAACGUUUUAUUCGUGCUGCAGAUAAUGACUAUAAAUUUGAAUAUCCGACCAUUGAGAUACCACAAGAAUGGAAAGAUACACUUCGACAAGAUUUUUAUAUUCGAUUAACGUUGAGUACUAUUCCGACUGAAUCAGAACCUAUUCGAUAUAUACAUCCUUAUCCUAUUAAUACAGAAGAUACUACUGUUAUAAGAGAUAUAUCAACAAAUUCAUUAUAUUUUCGUGUUUCAGAAAAUGAAUUUCGACUUGGACGAAAAACUUUUCAAUUUACUUUAGAAAAAUUAACACAGUAUAUGUUACGAGAUCUUUCAUCGUUAAAACCUUUAAUUUUUGAAGGAGAAAAUAAUCAAUGUACAAGACAUGCUACAGAUUUAAGAAGUGCAGUUAAAAGAUAUCGAUUAGAACAAUCACAAUUAUUAUUUUCCAUAGCUACCUUCAAAAGUUCUACUGAACCACCAAUAAUAUACAGGGUUUCGAAUGUAUUUUCAAAUGAAAUGAUUGGUAGAAUAGGAGUAACAACUGAUGAUAGUGUUGGUUUUAGAUGUUCACCUUUACGAGGAGAUUGGCAAGGUCAUGAUGAAAUAUUGAUGGUUAUUCCAAAAAUUGACAAAAGAAAACCACUCACUGUUUAUUUCUACUAUCCGUGCAUCGGACAAAGCGUUCCAGUUGGUUGUGAAUUCGUCGAUGCAAAAACAAUAUCACUUUUUACACCAAAAUGUCUUGUCACAGUAACACGUGAUAACCCAACAAUUCUAGUUACAAUUGUUGUAUGUCAAAAUGAGACAGAAAUUGCAAAAAUCGAGUUUACCUAUCAAGCAUUAAAUGAAUGUGUAAACUGCAGUUUAAAUGUAAUGCCUGGAAGUAUGGUAUCACCAGCUAGUAAUAAACGUUCGAUUGCAGAUUCUGAAGAAGAUAAUGAAUUUGAAUUUCCCAAUGUCACAGUUAAUCGAACAGAAAAUAACGAAGAUACUAAACAAUCAACUAUAAAAAAAUGCUAA